GUACGAUUACAGUUGGUGUACAAAGUUUGAAACAUUUCAAUUUAUUCAUUAUCAUUAUAAAUAACAACAAUGGGACGAAUACAAAUUGUUUAUUCACCUGAUGAAAAUGUAUCUGGACGAACUAACCAUCCUGGUAAACAGGUAGUUGAUCCACGUACUGGUAGGGUAAUCAAAGUGAAACGAGAAACUCCAGAUGAUUACUUGAAUGUAUUAAAACCUGUCAAAGGUCCAAAGCGUAUGGAAUUUAAUCCAUAUCUUCCUAAAACACUUACUCCAAAAGGAUAUGCCAAGUAUAAACUAAUGAUGAGUGUUGCAAGUAAACAAUACGAAACAUUAGUUAAACGUUUAAAAACUGAACGAACACUUUGGGAAGAUCCUGACUUUCCAGCUAACGAUUAUGCAAUUGGGAAUAUACCAAAUUUCAGAGAGAAAAUUGAAUGGAAACGACCACAUGAAAUUAAUCCAAAUGCUAGAUUUUUUGCUGGUGGAGCAAGUCGUUUUGAUAUUGAACAAGGGGCACUUGGUGAUUGCUGGUUACUUGCAGUAGUGGCUUCCAUAUCAGGAUACCCACAGCUAUUUGAUCAAGUGGUGCCUAAAGAUCAAGAAUUAAAAGGACCAGAUUAUGUUGGUGUUAUACGUUUUCGAUUUUGGAAUUUUGGUCAUUGGGUAGAAGUACUUAUAGAUGAUCGUCUUCCAGUUCGUCAAGGACGUAAUACACUCACUUUUAUGCAUUCUAGUGAUCCUACGGAAUUUUGGUCAGCCCUGUUAGAAAAAGCUUAUGCAAAAUUGAACGGUUGUUAUGCUCAUCUGUCUGGAGGAACACAAAGUGAAGCUAUGGAAGAUUUAACUGGUGGAAUUUGUUUAUCUAUUGAACUGAACCAAAAAGAACGUCCACAAGAUCUUGUAGAACAGCUUAAAAUUUAUGCUCAACGUUGUUGCCUUAUGGGUUGUAGUAUUGAUUCGUCAGUUAUGGAACAAAAAAUGGAUAAUGGACUUAUAGCUGGUCACGCAUACAGUUUAACAGGUGUAUAUCCUGUCAACUACCGAGGUCGCACUCAAUGGUUAAUGCGUUUACGUAACCCAUGGGGUGAUAGUCAUGAAUGGAAAGGUGCAUGGUGUGAUGGUUCACCUCAGUGGCGUGAAAUAAGUGAACAAGAAAAGAAAAAUAUUAACUUGAGCUUCACUGCAGAUGGAGAAUUUUGGAUGUCAUAUGAAGAUUUUGUUACGUGUUUUACACGAGUGGAAGUAUGUCAUUUAGGUCUUGAAAGUUUAGAGUAUCAUGAAAAUUUCCGUGGGAAAAGACGAUUAGACGAAGCUAUAUUCUCUGGUCAGUGGCAACGUAACGUUAAUGCUGGUGGUUGUAUUAAUAAUCGCUCUACCUAUUGGACGAAUCCACAAUUUCGCAUUACUGUUGAAGAUCCAGAUCCUGAUGACGAUGAUAAUAAAUGUUCAGUGCUUAUUGGUUUAAUGCAAAAAGAUAUCAGGAAGAAAGUUGGAGCAGAUUUUCAACCUAUGGGUUUUAUGGUUUAUAAUGCACCUGAUGAUUUAAACACUUUAUUAUCACGUGCACAACUUUUAACUAAAUCUCCAAUAGCUAAAUCACAAUUUAUUAAUACACGUGAAGUUACUGCACAAUUUCGUGUACCACCAGGAUCAUAUGUUAUUAUUCCAAGUACAUUCGAUCCAAAUAUUGAAGCCAAUUUUGUAUUACGUGUAUUCUCACAAACAAGUAUUACAGAACAAGAACUUGAUGAAGACAAUACUAACAAAGGUCUACCAGACGAUGUUAUUGAAGCUUUGAAAUUAGAAGAUACUUUAUUAGAUGAAGAUCAAGAAAUUGAAAAAAAAUUUAUGGCUAUCCGUGAUCCAAAAACUAAAGCUAUAAAUGCUGUUAAAUUGGCUGAACUUUUAAAUAAUAGUACAUUACAAGAUAUCCCUAACUUUCAAGGAUUUAAUAAAGAAUUAUGUCGUAGUAUGGUUGCGUCUGUAGAUAAUAACCUAACAGGUCAAGUUGAAUUAAACGAAUUUAUGGAUCUUUGGAUACAAGCUAAAGGAUGGAAACAUAUUUUCAUAAAACAUGAUGUUGAUGAAAGUGGUUAUUUCAGUGCAUAUGAAUUCCGUGAAGCAUUGAAUGAUGCAGGUUAUCAUGUGAGUAAUCGAUUAAUCAAUGCCAUUAUAAAUCGAUAUCAAGAUCCUGGAACAGAUAAAAUCAGUUUUGAAGAUUUUAUGUUAUGUAUGGUUCGACUUAAAACUGCUUUUGAAACAAUUGAAGCACAUCCAAAAAAUCUUGAAGGUACAUCACUUUUCAGUGCUGAAGAUGUAAGUUACAGAAUUCUUUUUUUUUUCUUUAAGGUAAACUAGUAGUUUUUUCCACAUACACAAGUUUGUAGUUAUUCAAAUUAGUUAAGUCUUUGAUUGAACCUAUUUGCCAGACAGAUAAUGUUAUUUUAGUCCAUAAUAAUUCGCCUAUAUUAUAUAUAUAAUACUUGUCUUAAUGAGUAAAUAAGACUGGGAUGUAUGUGGCAGUCUACAUAUCACGCGCUUAAAUGUUAUAAUUACUGGGAGGUUUAAUGUCGCGUUAGUGAACAUACAAAUAUCUGCUUCUAAAACUACAUUAAUACACUAAGUUUCUCGUUUUGCUGUAUUCUGAUAGUACAAUGUAAGCUUUGUUCUGAAAUAAACAUUUUUGACAAAUUUGCUAUGGCUUCUUGAAACUAUACACUGUCGAGGAAUUAAAAUGAUUAUGGUUGUCCGGUCGUUCGAUCCACGAAGUAUAAGGAUGGUUGCACGGGUAUUCACAAUAAUAUGUUUUUUACAUAAUUUGACCACAAUUCAACGAAAUUAUAUGUAUACAAAACCAAGCUGAUCACCAAAAUUAUUUGACUGAACUGAUGAUCUAUAAAUAUUACUAAGACUUACUUACAUAAGCCUGCUACCCCACAUGGAGGAAUAUAGGCCGCUCACCAGGAUUCUUCACCUAACUCUGUCCUCGACAAUCAUUCGCAGUUGUUUUCAGAUGCUAUCCAUUAUUUUGAUGUCUGCUUUCAGUUCCUACAACAAUGUGUUCCUUGGUCAUACAUUUUUCUUUUUUCCUUCAAGAUUUCAUGUUAAAAAGUUUACAUACAAAUAAUUAAGUUUAAAUUUUAUCAGUUGGUAUUCAGAUAUUGAUGGGUUAAGAGUUUAAACUACUACAAAAUGUAAAAGUCUAGGACGAUUGGGGUGCAAACGAUUUCUUUACUCUUGAAAACUAUUUAAUUAAUAUUAAAUCUUUUCUGGUUAUUAUGCCACAAAACCGAACAAUUCUAAUGACAUGAAGUCUUUGAAAUCAUCCAAUCAGUUUGAAAACAAAGUGGAAGAUUAAAUUUAUUUCAUAUAUGAUGAACUGCCUAAAUUAAUUUGAUAAUAAAUUAUUUUAAAAAAUAAUGUCAUUCAAUAGUGUUGGCCUCUCUAUUCAGCACGUUCUAGUUAAAACCCUUCCAUUAUCCCUCUUGAUAAUAUAGUCAGUGUCUAUGUCAAGUAAAAAUAAUCUCUUCAUUUAUGUCACAAGUACUUUGACGUUCUUUUAGAAGGUAAUAGUAAAUUUGAUAUAUUUCGAUAUGUCUAAUGAUUGUAGAUCAAAUUAAUUGUCAUUUUCUUAACAAACCUCUACCACACUCAGAUUUUACCUAAUCUGGAAUUAAGUUCUCAUAAUAAUAUUGUCCAAAAUGAUGUUGGAAGAUUAACAACUUAUCCAUCCAACUAAAAGACCAUCCGAGCUAUAAAUUUCUAUAUCAAUUUAACAAUAAUUUUCCCUUAUCAUAUCACCAUGAAUUGAUGAUCAAAGUGAAAGCAGACGUUUUCUCCCCAGAAUUCAUAGAGAUGCUACACUAAUAAAUAUCAUUUAAUUCAGUAUUUUAAACCAUCUAACUUAUCAAAAACAUCACUUUUCUCGAUUGACAGAAUCUAACUUAAACAGAAGACUGAAACGUGGAAUUGCUUUUUUUAAAUAACUAGAUCUAUUAAAUUCUCAGCAGUUAACAGAUACUACUUAAGUCAAUAAGUAUAAUUAAUAAAUUAUAUUUGUUUAUGAUUGAGAUCAUGAACCGAUUGUUAGACCACCGUUGGAAACCUGGAAACACUGGACGGCCGUUUCGUCCUAUUGGUUGAUGUUAGACACUAACACCAUUGGAUACCAGCAUCAAUCGGUUCAUGAUUUCAAUCAAAAACUUAAUAAUCUCCACAACCUCUAUACUGAUGUAUUUGUUUAGUUUAAUCUAUAUACGUCUGUUUACUUUACUAUGAAUAACUAAUGAAAAAGAACAACAAUUAAUAAUCUAUUUCUGUUUAUGUUGACCAACAUUUUUUCCACAUUUUAGUAUCUACGAUUUUCAGUUUAUAUUUGAUUCUGUCGAAAAAAACAUCUACGGAAUUGGACGAACCCCCUGACAAUUUACUUCUCACUAUCUUUUCUCGUUACAAUCAUAUGUUUAUUUAUUUUUAUUCAAUUUAGAAAUCUAUAUAUUUAGACAAAGAAACAUAUCAUGCCUUUUUGUUCAAACAAUGGAACUUUUAAUAUAACGACAAUAAUAUAUCAUAUUAAUU